AUGAGCGAGACUCAGGAAUUCAAAAUGGCUGCGCCCGACGACGAGGAACGUGAGAAGAUAGAUUUAACUUCUCCGAAAUUUCAGCCUCUUACUGCUCUUUACUCCAAAGACGUAACUGUGCCACGCCCAGCAGUGAGGCAAUUCAACAACGUUGCUGAAUAUGAGAGGUACAUGCUUACCGGAGAGGUGCCAGGAACGCGGAGCAAGAAGCCGGCGAAGACUUCGGCGACCAAAACACGUGCCGAACUGUUGCAGAGAAUAUGCACAGAGCGUAUAAUUGACUCUACCAAAAGAGACAGUGACAAUGAUGAAGAUAUUGAGCCUGGAAUGGCGAGGGCUGGUCAAUAUGGUCGUUAUGCCAGUAAAAGGAACGUCCUCAGUAGAAUGGAAGAAGAAAACCAGGGACCAAUGUCAAUGCUAUAUCGCUCAGUGGAAGAUAAACUACGGAUCCGAGUAUGUACUCGUACUUUCAAAGGUCUCCGUGGAAUGUGCACUGGGUACUUAGUAGCUUAUGAUAAGUAUUGGAACCUGGCAAUGGUUGAUGUUGAUGAAGUCUACAAGAAACCAUCUUUAGGAAAGAAAUUGUACAAUGAAGAACGCCUUACAUGUAGGAAGCUAAUCGAGAACAGUGUGUAUAAAGAGGAUAUUGGUGGACAGUCAACACCAGCAUCAGAUGAUAUCAGACCCACAGAGAAGCAAAGAACAGAUGCUAAGGAUGAUAGUUCUGCUUGUGAUGUUGACAAAAAAACUGUUACAGUUGAUGCCCCUCAUACAACGCGGGGCAAAAAGAAAAAGGAAAGGCACAAUAGGAAACAGAAAACAGACACACAUCAGAACAAUGGGAAUAAAGAACCAGAUGAUCUGUCUGUUUUAGAAAGUGAGCUAGCUUCACUUCAGGAAAAGCUUGCUCUGUUGGGUCAAGAUGAGGAGAGUAAUUCUGACGUUGUUAUAGCGAUGACAGAUGAUGCAGUGGAGGAAUGCGAGGAUGAAAAAAAGGAUUUGAUAACGAUAAACCAAGGUGAUGAAGAUAGGGUGGUAGAAGAAUGUGUGGGUGAAAAAAACGAUUUGAAAAUGGGAACUCAAGCUGAUGAAGAUGUUUUGAAAGAUAGGGAGUCAGAAUUGGACUUUUUAUCUACAGAUGGCACACCAACAGAAUGUAAUGAUUCAAGUAAAACGAUUGUUGAAAAAACUAAACUAAAGGAAGUUGAGUUUAAAUCAGAAGGGGAAUCAGCGGUUAUCAGCAGGAAAGAGGAAAAUACUACUGGAGUAUGUAAAGCAUCUGGAACAGCCACUGCAGGGGUAUGUCGCGCAUCUAGAACAGUCACUUCAGAAAUAACAACUGCUGGGAGUUGUACUAAUACAACAACUUCAGAAACUGUUUGUGUGGGAGAAUCAAAGGAGACUAUGGGUGGCUCUGUGAUGAGUACAUUUGAACAAAAAACAAACAAAAAUCAUGUACAGAGAAAGAGGACAAUCGUCAGAGGCGAUUUUAUUCGCAGACAUGUGAACCAGAUGCUGAUAAGAGGCGACAAUGUUGUCAUGGUUAUGAUGUGUUCAGAUAAAACAUAGUUUACAAAACC